AUGGGAUGGUAUUCAAGCUUUUUGGCAUUCUCAACUCUGGUCGUCCUGCUUUUGGGAUACAUUCUUCUGGGCAAGCCUGCAAAGUAUAUACUGUAUCUACCUCUCAACGCCAUCUCAUUCAUCAUCUACUUUAGAAUUAGAAGUUCUGUUGUAAGAAAGCGCCUGGGCAUAGCCACAAAUGUGCUCAUCAGGCUUGUGAAGUUUGGUGCCGGAGCCCUUCUGAUGUGCACAACAGUACUACUGACAUCAGCUAAGUACAGCCAUGGGCCCUUGGUUUUGGGAGUUCUCCUCCUUCUGAUGGAUCUGGUAAGAGCAUACUUCUACGAGUUAUCGAAGAGGAGCUUUGAAAAGAAGAUACUUACAGGAAACUUCAUGGACAUUCUCAGGCUGGAGAAGUACGUCAUAUAUUCUGUAGAAGGCCCCCAUGCAGUGGAUCUAAAGAAAAACCUGUCUGUUGACGAAUACUUCAACAGAGGGCGGCCGAGGCCGAUUGAUGUCAACAGUCUUUUUGAUUUAUGGAACGACCAAAAUCCUUAUGAAGAGCAUGUUUCCGAUAGUGAGGUCACCGAGGACAGCAUCGAACCAAGGAAGAAGGUGGGGAGGCGCAGGGUCUGGAUCAACCCUGAAACAUACAGAUUUACCAGCGAAAAGGGGAGACCAGCCAGAGACCUCCACAAGAUACAGAAAGUAGUCCUUACUCCCGAGGAGAAGAGAAGGGAAAAGACGUACAUCAUGGAUCCGUCUGAGACGAUGCCUAGUCCAGGCCACGAGCCAAGCGUCUCCUGGGAAAACAUCGACGGUGAGGAAUGGAAGUUUCUGGAGAUAGAUAAGGGAAGAGCUAAGAAAAUGCCGGCAAAGCCUGGGCUGAUAACGGCCGAGUCUCUUCGGGUGCACUUUGGUGAGGAGCACGCAAGAGAGGCAUAUUCAUUGAUUGCCUUCAAAAGAGGAGAAGGGAUCAACUAUGACGUGUUCAGGGAAAACGGCAGGCAGAUCAAUGGAGAAAGAGACAAUCUGUACAGAACGAUUAUGGACAACAAAAAGCUCUUGAACGUCAUCUGGUUUAUCCUGGCUCUUCUCGAAAGCAUCGUCGGGUAUCUGGUAAUUAUCAUGUACUUCAAGGUCCAGCCGCUGCUGCUGGAGCUGAUCUUUCCAAUGGUAAUAGUCCCCGCUCUUCCGAUAAUCAAGAUGACGGUGGAGUCGUUUCUGUUUAUCAUAUAUACCCAUCCAUACGAUCCAGGCGACAGGGUUCAUGUGGACGGAGAAAACAUGGUGGUCCGAAGGAUCUCGCUGUUCAGCACCGUUCUUGAGUGUUGGGACGGAGUGGAGAUAAUAAUACCAAACCUGGUUAUAAGAGAAAAGGCGAUCCUGAACAUAAGGAGAUCAAAGCUACAGCAAUGGAAGCUCUCGAUACUGAUAUCGUCGAAGACGUCUGAGAGGAAGAUCGAGCUGCUGAGGGAAGCAAUCAAAAGAUUUGUAAAAAGCGACAGGUCCUAUGUCACUGCGAGCCUGAACAUCUCGGAGAUAGUCGACUGCAACCAUUUGAAGCUGACUGUGAUCGUAAAGCACUCCAUAAACUUCCAAAGUGGGUUUUUCAUGUGGACAGGGCAUACCAAGUUUGUUAACAUGCUGUUGGCAAUUAUGUGCAAGCUCGACAUUAGAUUUAUCCCGCUCAGCAAAGAGAUUAUGAAUCUGAAACCUAUCUAUGGGGAUACCCACCACAGAAAGUGA